AUGGUGGGCAGGGGCAAGACACUCGGAUUUGGGUCGGCGAAGAAGGCCCAAUCAAGGAGCAGAAAGGCCGGGCUCCAGUUUCCCGUGGGUCGUAUUGCCCGUUUUCUCAAGGCAGGAAGGUACACAAAACAUGUUGGUGCAAGACACUCGGAUCUAGGUCGGUACAAUGAGGUGGAGAGGGCAAGAGGGAUUUUUGAACGGUUUGUAGACUGUCAUCCAAAGGUUGGCGCUUGGAUUAGGUAUGCAAAAUUUGAGAUGAAAAAUGGAGAAAUACCACGUGCAAGGGGUUGUUAUGAGCUUGUAGUGGAAAAGUCAGGGGACGACGAAGAGGCAGAGGAUUUAUUUGUGGCUUUCGCAAAGUUUGAGGAGAAAUGUAAGGAAACAGAGAAGGCAAGGAUUAAUUAUGUUUUGUACGAAGAACUGGAUGCCCAAGAUGUAGACCGUACCAGAAACAUUUACAAUAGAAUCAUUAAUGAUCCAAGGUCCAAAGUUGGGCACCAUCAUGAGCCAAGUGAAGAAGCUUUUGGGGAUGAUAUUUUAUGUCUGAAGCCUUUGCUUGAAGAGUAG